AUGAUACAAACUACAGCAGUCUUUCUCGCCCUUACCGGUUUAGUCGCCAGUGAGUGGACAUCAAAAACCGGUUCUUGCAAUACAGGUGAAAUCAGCUGUUGCAACACCUCCAAAGACUCGCAGAAAAGCACCGGCGAACAAGACUCUCUGCUCGCCCUUGGAAACAUCCUCGACCAAGUUGCUUUACAGUGUCUCCAAAUCCCAAUUCUUGCAAUUGCGAUUGAGGAUGAGUGCAAGAACACGCCAGUCUGCUGUGACGGUGUUGAGGAAGACGGUUUAAUCGGACUCUCUUGUAGCCCACUUGCUCUCAUCUAG